AUGCUUUUGCUCAAAGAAACUCUCGUAGCAAUACAACUCGGUAAUCGUUCUCCGGCCGUCUGGCCCGGCUCAAGCCGGGGCCCGUUAUUUCGCUUAAACACCGCUCGGAUGCAGCCAAGAAGAGAAGAAGCUGACUCGUCUACGGACACUGCUGUUGGUUAUGCAAUGGACCUUGGCCGUUUGGUUCCGGAGCGUCUCAAUUUGGUUCUUACUCGGGAGGCCCGCAAGCGGAUGCUACGAGGCAAACUGGUCUGUCGGUACAGAAGGCUGAAGCUAGAGGCUGAUACCGGCUUGGCUGAAGAGGAAAACCAGUCCGAAGUGCUUGCUGAGGCAAGAAUUCUGUUGGAGCAGGCAUUAGGUGAGCAGAAGAAAAGUUGCAUUUCGAGGAAUCUCUUGCUUCAUUAUUGUUGA